CUCUUGAGCGCACAUGAGCCCCGUGUCAGCUCAUUGUUCUCUUUUCGUAUGCUUUCGACAUACACACACACAUACAUAUGCUACACGUGUUGCACUCGGAGCUAACGUCAUAACGGACGACUUGACAUUCAGCUUUGUUUAUAUGGUUUAUAUUUACGAUUUUGUUAUUCGAGUAUACCACAACGAUUGAUCGUGAAUUUUGGCUAGCCAAAUUUUAUCUAAAUUUUACGUAAACAUUAAAAUGGUUGUGCCGUGUGUUGUACGAGGAUGCGAAACAGUGGGAACAAGUGGAUUGCAUCGUUUCCCGAAAGACAAAUCGGCAGCGGAGAAGUGGAUUUUUGCCAUUAAGGCGCUCCAUUUGGUUGACCGUCUAAAUUCAAACAAAUUAUCAGGAUCGUUCUACAAAGUUUGUAGAAAACAUUUCGCGCAGUCCGACCUAAUCGUAAAUGGAAAAGGUCAGGUUAUUGUGAAGCAGGGCUCCACACCAAGCCUAUUCUUGCCAGCUGAUUUCGAUAUUCCGUCCGAUGUUCAUCACAUCCAACGAUCGCCAUCAAAGCCUGCGAAUCCCGUCAAGCAGGGCUCCACACCAAGCCUAUUUCGGCCAGCUGAUAUCGACAUUCCGUCCGAUGUUCAUCACAUCCAACGAUCGUCAUCAAAGCCUGCGAAUCCCGUCAAGCGGUUGCAGCACCAUCGUUCAAAAAAAUCUACGGAACCGUUGGACAAGAACGAGGUGGAAAUCGGAGUCGAGAGUGGCUGUAUACCGAAAAGCACCAAACUGAUGAACGAUUCUCGCCGAUCGAACCAACUUUCUUACUACAAAAGACGGACGAAGGACUUGCAGGCCAAAGUCAAGGAAACGAAGUUAUCCGACAAAAAUGUGCUGAGCUAUUUAAAAUCGAAAUUCAACGAAAACUUGUUCGAGUUUUUCAAAAUGCAGCUAAAGAACUGCGGUCGUUCAAAUCAUGGUCGACGGUACACCGACAGGCAAAAGAGCCUGUGCCUGGCGAUGUACAAAAAAGGGCCGAAGAGCUAUCGGUUUAAUGCAACUUGGAGCUGCCUACCGACCAAGCGGACGUUAGGCCGAUACAGUGCCGGGCUCAUUUUCCAAUCUGAAGUCGAUACCAAAGCAUUGGCCGCUAUAAAGAAUAUCAUUGCGGACUGGCCCAGGAAGGACAAAUUUUGCACAUUUGGCCGUUAG